AAGAAACGAGAGAGAGAGAGAAAGAGAGAGAGCGCUGCGGAUUAAGACGUUUUUUUUCUGUGUGAGCGGGUUCCUUCUUGAAGCCAUCUAUCUGCAGCGUCAUUUCAAGAAAAAAAGGUCGCGGCGGUUCACUUUUCGAGCGCAUCCAACACUAUCUCCCAGCUGCGUUUCACUGAUGAACACCAACCGGUGAAGACAUGUUGCAGAUGUUGAGAUAGGCUACAUAUCUCUAUUUGAUCUAGAUUAGUCUGCCUGAGAGUUACCGUGAAGUCGGCUGGAAAUGAACUCUACAGAUGCACCUUUGUCUCAGAACAUUUAUGAUAAGAAUCAACGCUUCUCCUCCUUUCCCAUCCACAUGAGAAGUUUGACCGGAGCUGGCUGAAGGGAGGCUGUGUUUCCGAUUGGCUGUUUAAUCUGUGUAGCUCAAGCAUCUGGACCACUGUUUCUCAGCACACUGAGGGUUGCAUGCAUCAGUGCCAAGAAAUUGCAUUACAUGGGAGACUUCUACUAAGGAGACACAGAAACAUUACUGAAAGAUGGAGGUGGGAGCUGAGCAAGGAUGCACACAGGGGAACGGACGCAGUGACGCCGUGGCCAGAGAACCGCGCACCUCUCCCUGCAACAGCUUGAAGAUGUUUCUGGUAGCUUUGUCCUUUGCCUAUUUUUCAAAGUCUCUGUCGGGGAGCUACAUGAAGAGCACAAUAACUCAGCUGGAGAGGCGCUUUGACAUCCCCAGUUACCUAAUAGGUGUCAUUGACGGGAGCUUCGAGAUAGGUAACCUGUUGGUGAUAGCUUUCGUCAGUUACUUUGGGGCCAAGCUCCAUCGGCCAAAGAUCAUCGCAGUGGGUUGUGUACUGAUGUCCAUCGGCACCUUCGUCAUCGCUCUGCCUCACUUCAUCAUCGGACGCUAUGAAUUUGAAACAUCAGUGCGGUGGGUAGUGAACUCAACACUUAACCCCUCCCCUUGUCCGUUGGGCUCCCCAGCAGACCUGACCCAACAUGAUAAACUGCCUCAAGUGCCAGCAACAGGUUGUGAAGGCGACUCCAACCUGUCAAUGUGGAUUUAUGUGCUCCUGGGAAAUGUCUUGCGGGGGAUAGGAGAGACGCCUGUUCAGCCACUCGGGAUCUCUUAUAUAGAUGAUUAUGCUAGUGAGGAAAAUGCUGCGCUUUAUGUUGGCUGUGUCCAGACCAUUUCAGUGGUUGGACCUGUGUUUGGCUACCUGUUAGGCUCCCUUUGUGCCAGAAUAUAUGUGGACAUUGGAUUUGUAAAAAUGGAAACUAUCACCAUCACCCCAGCAGAUGCCCGCUGGGUGGGAGCCUGGUGGUUGGGCUACCUCAUAGCUGGGGUCAUCACCCUACUCUCUGCCAUCCCAUUUUGGUUCCUGCCCCGCUCUCUGCCAAUACCCGAGCCCCAGGGCCCAGAAAAGACACGCUUUAUUAAAGACCCUCUUCUUUUGAAGCACAAGUAUCCUGCAGAUGAAAAUACUACUUUCAUAGAGAUGGCCAAAGACUUUAUUCCAACCCUGCGAUCUCUGCUAGGAAACCCUGUGUAUUUGAUAUACCUGUGUGUGACAAUCAUCCAGCUGAACUCUCUCAUCGGCAUGGUCACCUACAAGCCUAAGUACAUUGAGCAGCACUUCAGGCAGUCUGCCUCAAAGGCCAACUUCCUCAUGGGUGUGAUCAAUAUCCCAGCUGUGGCACUGGGUAUGUUUUCUGGAGGUCUACUGAUGAAGAGGCUGAAGCUGAACAUCAUGGGAGCCGCCAGGUUUGCCUUCGGAACAUCUCUGAUCGGUUACAUCCUGUCACUGUUCUUCUUCGCAAUUAGCUGCGAGAAUGCGAAGGUAGCGGGGGUGACACUUUCAUACAACAGCAUGGAUAGGAUAUCUUAUGAUACACACUCAUUGUUCACAGCAUGCAACUCAGACUGUUUUUGUUCAGCAAGUGACUGGGACCCAGUCUGUGGAGAGAAUGGCAUCACAUAUGUUUCUCCCUGUCUUGCUGGCUGCACCGGCUCUUCUGGCUCAGGGAAAAACACAGUCUUCUCUAACUGUAGCUGUGUCGGUGUGGCUGGUAACUUUACGGCCAGUACCGGCCAGUGCCCUCAUAAGGACGACUGUGACAGGAUGUUCCCGUACUUUUUGGCUCUCUCUGUCAUCACUUCCUUUAUCAUCUCCCUUGGGGGCACACCAGGCUACAUGUUUCUCAUCAGGUGCAUCAAACCACAGCUGAAAUCUUUGGCGUUGGGUUUCCAUGCUCUGUCAACACGUACCCUUGCAGGGAUACCAGCACCCAUCUACUUUGGAGCAAUCAUUGACACCACAUGUCUAAAAUGGGGUCAGAAGAGGUGUGGAGGCAUAGGAGCCUGUAGAAUCUACAACACCACUGCAUACAGGAUAGCAUACCUGGGUCUGACUCUGAGCCUGCGGACUAUCUCAUUCAUUAUUUGCAUCCCGGGCUUCAUUUUGCUCAGUCGACAGCUGAAGAAGGAAGAAAGAAAUGCCAUCCACGGAGCGCUGGCCAACGGCGGAACAGAGCUGGAGGCACUGAGGAAGGAAGAGUUUGUGAUUUCUAAUUCUGACAACAGCACAGCCAGGGAGACACGGCUGUGACCCCCCCCCCCCACACACACACACACACACACACACACAAAUACAACCAUAGACGGUCAUAUACACCCACAGUAUGUACAGAGUGAUACUGUACACAUGCGCACACACUCAAAUGAGAUUUGCAGGGAAUCACAUGUUGUAUCCGAUCAUCUCGUAUAAAGCAUAAAUUCUAUAUUUGUACACUGGUUGUGAAGGCUUUGUGAAUUUAACAGGAAGUUUGAUAUAACUGAAAUAUUUCUUGAAUGUACAUGCUGUUAUUGUUUUUCUUAUUAAUACAAGUAUAACAAUAUGUUUAUGGUUUUAAUGGUGGCACAAUCAGAUGGGAAAUGUGACUUGUGCAGACUAAUACAAACAUAGUAUAAUUCUGAAAACCAGCACAUAGACUGCCUCUUUGAAGGCAGUCUAUAAGUUUUUCUUGCUGACAUCACAAGAGCAGAAGUGGCCUUAUAAACCAGAGGCACAAUACUAAAUUUAAACAAUGAACUAUAAUUAAGACGAGGAAAAUUAAGCAUCCAAAGAGAAAGGAGGUGAGGAUUCUUUUCCCCGGAAUUUAAAUAGAAAAGAUAAACAGGUUGUUGUGGAAAUAUGUCUGUGAACGUGUAUUUCAGUGACUUUUAGAAGGCUUGACAGUUGUUGAUUUGACGUAUGUGCCUCAUUUACUCAACAGUUACCUCUAAAUCAUGUCUCACAUUUUAAACAGAUAUCUGAACAGACUUCUUUUGCUUUUAAAUUUCAGACUAAAUGAAGUCUUUACACUCACUUAGAAAAACAAGGUUAAUUUCUGACUGACGCUUAAACUUUUGUCUUUUACUUUAAGCCCAAAGUCAAGUCUGAUUGUAUUGCAGUUUGUGUUGUGUGCUUUCUGGAUGUGAACUUGUUCCUUUGGUAAUCAUACUCACUAAAAAUGGAAAUUGUGUUUAAGUGAGAUUUGCUUACCUGUUUAGUUUAAUCUGUCUAGUGGAGGUUGCUCCAUAUUUUAAUGCUUUUAAUCAGCACCAGCCCCAAUUAACUCCUAGCUAAAUGUGAUAUUAUUAAGGAGAAAAAUAUUAUAUCAAGAUACACAGCACAAUAAACUUUGUCAUGACACCGAUAGUAAGGAUUAGACUGAAUUUGCUCAGAAUAUCUCAAUGCACCUCAGCAGGCUCUGGUAAUAAAAAAAGCCAUUUUUGUAGAAACAGAUGGCUUAGGUGAACGCUUGCUAAUGUAUCUGCCAUGUGUUGUGCCUUGAAAAGUCAGAAUUUGUACUGUUGAUAAAAGAUAUACUGUCCGUUGUUCCAGUCUUUAGACAAACGUUACCACCGUGUAAGUAUCACCACAGGAAAUGUGCAUUUGUGUAAUUGAUGUGUAUGUCUGCAGCCAUGUUUCACUGGUGAGUCUUUUUUUUUUUUUUUGCGUGUAUAAGCUCCUGUGCCAAAACCCAUAAUAUCAGUUUUAUUUUCAUAAACAGCUUCAUCUCAUAA